CAGAGCUCACACUGCUGCACUUCAUCACACACACUGUGCUCCAGCGCAUGCACACACAGCUUCACCUCUGAGAGCCAAUCGCAAAAAAAGACUGAAGAUGGGGAAAAUUAACGGAUGCAUCAAAUGCCUCUUUAUCUUCUUCAAUGUGCUGUUUGCUAUCCUCGGAUGUGUGCUGAUGUACCUGGCGGUGAGGGUCAGCGUCUACAGCGUCAUGUUUUCGCAGAUUGGGGGCCCGAACCUGGUUUGGAUUUGGGUGUUUGCCAUUGGCGUCCUCGGCAUCUCCAUCCUGGGAAUCGUAGCAGCAUGCUGCGAGAAAGAGCUCGUCCUCAAAGUAUUUGCAGGCUUCAUGGGGGUUGGAAUGAUCAUCAUGCUGAUCUUUGGCAUUAUUGUCGUUGUCACAAGGAAUGAGGUCAAAGCAGGUUUUGACAGCGCUGCCUCUGAGUUGGGAAAGACUAUCAUGACCAGCAAUGAUUUGAGAGCUAUGCUUGACUCAUUUCAGCAAAAUGGUCACUGCUGUGGCCUGGGGGGCCCUGCAGACUGGGGUGACACAAUCCCUGAUUCCUGUGAGUGCAGCCCUGGAAUAUAUCGUCCAUUUGGAGAAUCCACAUGUAAAUCCAAACCUCAGGGAGUCAGCAGCCCAAACUCAAUCUAUGCAAAGGGCUGCGGUGAAUUGAUCUUUAUGUAUAUCAACAUCUUCUUCCAGGUCUGCAUGGGCUUCUUCUUUGGAUUUGCUGUCACUGCACUGCUGGGCCUGCUGAUCACCAUCCUGAUGAUUCAUCAGGUCAAACGGUACAACAGUUCCGGAGGAACAUCCAUCGCCAUGAAGGGCUAUUAAAAGAAAACCUUCACCCCUGACCCCUCACCUUUACCUCUGCACUGUAAUAUGAGGACUCAGUGGUCAAUACAAGACCUCUUCUUAUUUGCUUUUUAAUGUCAUUUAUGGUUUCUAAGAGAGGGCAAGCAGGGUGGGCAGGAGAUAGAAGGACGAAGUGGCAUGCUGCAGGAGGAUUUCAUUUUAGGGGUUUUGUGCUGCCUCACAGAAGUUUUUUUUUUACUUUCAGCUUUCUAUUGUAGAGAAUAUCGCUUGAAUAGCAAACAUUUAUUUUUUUGUGAAUUAUUGUAUCGAUUUUGUGUUAUUUGAUGGAAUGCAGUAAUAUACUAGUCUCAUGCAACAGAGACAUAUUGUACACAAGAAGCAGUCACUAUGCUCAACAUUCACCACAUGUGACAUAUCUUUAUUAACCCGAGGAGGUCAUAACAUCCACUGCGUUCAAAAAACAAUAGUGUAAUUGUUUAGCCAACAAUAGCAGUGAUUCAUUUCAGUUUCACUGAGGUUGUGACAAACCAAGGCUCAGGGUUUUCAGAUCUCCCACAAACAGUGAACACCCCACCACUAUUAAAAACAAAAAGUUAUAUAUAUAACUUAUAGUAUACUAUAGGGCUGGGCGAUAUGGAGAAAAUGUCAUGAUAUCUUCGACCAAAUACCUCGAUAUAGAUAUUGCGACGACACUGCAGGGACAACAACUGGUGCCCCCACAAAACAACCACACAAUGAGGUCUGUCUCAUGCAACAGAGACAUACUGUACACAAGAAGCAGUCACUAUGCUCAACAUUCACCACAUGUGACAUAUCUUUAUUAACCCGAGGAGGUCAUAACAUCCACUGCGUUCAAAAAACAAUAGUGUAAUAGUUUAGCCAACAAUAGCAGUGAUUCAUUUCAGUUUCAGUGAGGAUGUGACAAACCAAGGCUCAGGGUUUUCAGAUCUCCCACAAACAGUGAACACCCCACCACCAUUGAAAAAACAAAAAGUUAUAUAUAUAACUUAUAGUAUACUAUAGGGCUGGGCGAUAUGGAGAAAAUGUCAUGAUAUCUUCGACCAAAUACCUCGAUAUAGAUAUUGCGACGACACUGCAGGGACAACAACUGGUGCCCCCACAAAACAUCCACACAAUGAGGUCUGUGAUAAAUAAUCAUACAACAUACGUAAAACGUAACACCAACAUUAAAUUACAAGUACAGGAUUAGAUGCAUGAAGAAACAUAUAUUUUCUUAGAAUGUUGUGCUCUAUUAAAAUAAAUCAACACAUACAUUUCAAAAGCAAUAGAGCACACUUAAAGGAUUAAUUUACCCAACAAUAUAAAUGAAUAUUGUUUUGGGGUAAACUGUUCUUUGAACUCAUCAAAAAUAUAAAAUUAUUAAGGCAAAGUACAACCUGGCCACUUAAAGGUAAAUUCCGAUCCCCGAGACCCAAUCCAAGAAGCCCCAAAGGAUGCUAUCAACAGAGCACCACAACUGGACCGCCGGGCGCUGUGGAGGCUAACAAAGAGGAAAUGGGAGCAGGUAUUUUAUUUUCGUACGGAUUAUUGUUGCAAAUAUGUAUGCAUGUAUGCGAUUAACCUUGUAUUGUCUUCGGGUCAAAUUUGACCCGUUAUCAAAAUGUUUAUCUCAGAAAUAUGUGUUUCUUUUUAACUACCCAUUUUUAAUUACCCAAAUAUAACAUGGAUGGAUAAUCCAAUACAACGCGCUUUGUGAAUUGACCGGUUCUCUUUAAUUGAAUUUUUUCAAUUAAUUAAAUAAUAAAAUUUUUUUUAUGUUUCAGAACAGUA